GAUUGCUGAAGAUAUUUAUGAAUGCACUAAUAGUCAUAAAGGUCUGGUUGGGGCUUGUUGCAUGGUGAUAAAAACUGAAGUGAUUGAACUUGGAACUUUUAAAUCCAUUGUUCAUGUCAUUAAGAAUCUUUCAUUAAAGCAAAUAGAUAUAAUUAGCAUUGUUCUUUGCCACAGAACUUACACUUAUGAGUGUAAUAAUAAAGAUGGUAAAAUAUAUCAACUUCUUGCUGAAGGAAUCAUUGUUUUUAAAUCUAUAAAUGAAGAUUUUAUAGAAAUUGAAUUUUCAUCACCAAUUCUCCAGA